AUGUGUGAGAGCAUUGCUAGUAGCUUUUGGAGAUCCUCGAAUAUUGGCUUCUCUUACUCGAAUUCGAGAGGUAGAUCGGGUGGUUUGAUUACCUUGUGGAAGAACGAUUCUUUGACAAUUUUGAAUAGUUUUAAAGGUGAGGGAUUUUUGGGUAUAAAAAUCAAAUGGAACGACUAUCUUUAUUACGUGGUGAAUGUUUAUUCUUCGUGUGACUUUAUCAAAAAGAAAUUAUUGUGGGAGGAGUUGUUACAUUUGAAGAAGAAUUUUGUGGAUGGUGAGUGGAUAAUGGGAGGAGAUUUCAACGCUAUCAAGAAUUGUGGUGAGCGACGGGGAAGGAGGGCAAUGUGCAAUAGGAAAGAAGCGGAUUUAUUCUCGGAAUUUAUUUCCAAGAGUGAAUUGGUGGAUGUGCCUUGUAAAGGAAAAAAAUUCUCUUGGUUUAGCGGAGAUGGGAAAUCUAAAAGUAGAAUAGAUCGUUUCCUUUUAUCAAGUGUGGUGGUGAAUAGAUGGCAUGUGACCGGUCAAUUGAUUGGAGAUAGGGAUGUUUCGGAUAAUUGUCCUAUUUGGAUAAUGGUGGACCAUCAAAAUUGGGGUCCUAAACCAUUCAAAUUCAACAAUGAAUGGUUAUCUCAUGAUUCUUUCAUUCCUUUUGUUGAAAUAGAAUGGAAAAAUUUAAAGGUGGAAGGAAGAGGAGACUUUAUUCUAAAGGAAAAGCUUAGGCUUUUAAAAGACAAACUUAAGAAGUGGAGUAGAGAGGUUUUCGGGAGGAUAGACUUGGAAAUUGAAGAAGGAGUUCGUGAAAUAAAUCUCAAUGACGAAAGGUUAGAUCCUAAUUCUCAAGUUUCAUUUGAUAAUAUCUAG